CAUGAAUGUUUAAUAUAUUUUGAAGUGGAGAAACCCGGUUUUGUUUUAUUUAAAGGACUAUAUGUUCACGGCGGUAGGAUAUUUCUCCUAAAAUCCUAGCCUGCUCUACAUUAUUUUUUCCUCUGUUGGAAGCCAUGAUGGGAGCUUGAGAGUUCAGCUGGAGAGAGAAACGAGAAGAGAAGAUGAUUCCCCGGGACUUAACUGUCACACGAAUCUGUGCAUAUAAUUGAUCUUUGUAUAGCCAUUAUACAGUGAAGGUGGAGCCUGUCAGAUUUUCAGAUGUAUUUCUGCAAUCCAUUGACGACUAUGUUGAUUCGCUAGGAGGGUUUUGGAUCAAAAAGCUAGCUAGCUAGUUAGCUAGCACUAGCUAGCUACGUCUGAGUGGAUACUGCCUGCGAGGGUUGUCUUGCUGAAAUUCUUCUAGCGCUGGAGAGUUUUCUAUCCUUGCUGUCAAUCACGUUGGCUGCUAUUAAGCCAGGGGACUGGACCGUGUCUGGUAUCUUACCGUUCGGCGGGAGGAGAACUGUAUGCUUUUUCUUUGGAGGACCUGCAAGACAAAUUCCAGGAUUGGAAAGUCGGGCCUGCACAGAGGAGCAGAGCAAGGCCCGUCUUUAUGAUCCAGAAGAAGAAGCCAUUCUAAUCCUACUCACAACGACAACCACUGCUAGCUAGGCUAGCUAGCAGCUUGUCUGUCAGUGCGUGGAAGGGGCUGUCAAAAUCAAGAGAGCAAAGAGCGAUUGAGAGACAAAGCCAUUGUCAGCGAAAGCAAGAUUUCUUUUAAUCAUUUUAAAACCAUAGACUCCUGUCACUACAAUGGCUGCGAUUAUAAAAGAAAUGGUCAGUCGGAACAAAAGGAGAUAUCAGGAGGAUGGGUUCGACUUGGACUUAACAUAUAUCUAUCCCAAUAUAAUUGCAAUGGGCUUUCCUGCAGAGAGACUUGAAGGAGUGUACAGAAACAAUAUAGAUGAUGUUGUACGGUUUCUUGACUUAAAACAUAAAAACCAUUACAAAAUCUACAACCUCUGCGCAGAAAGACACUACGAUGCUGCCAAAUUUAACUGCAGAGUUGCACAGUACCCCUUUGAAGACCACAACCCCCCUCAGCUGGAGCUCAUCAAGCCGUUCUGUGAAGACCUCGACCAAUGGCUGAGCGAGGACGACAAUCACGUGGCCGCCAUCCACUGCAAGGCAGGGAAGGGCCGCACGGGCGUCAUGAUCUGCGCCUACCUGCUGCACCGCCGCAAGUUCCUGAAGGCACAGGAAGCCCUCGACUUCUACGGGGAAGUCAGGACAAGGGACAAGAAGGGAGUGACCAUCCCUAGCCAGCGUCGCUACGUCUACUACUACAGCUACCUUCUGAAGAACCAGCUGGAGUACAAGCCCGUGGCACUCCUCUUCCACAAAAUGGUGUUCGAGACGCUGCCCAUGUUCAGUGGAGGCACCUGCAGGGACAGUACCGUUAAAAACAGGAGCGAGCCAACCCCUCAGGGCUUCAAGAAAGGGAAUUGGCAUUGGGACCCCCAGUUUGUGGUGUACCAACUGAAAGUCAAGAUUCACACGUCCAACCCGGCUCACACAAGGCGCGAGGACAAGCACAUGCUCUUCGAGUUCCCCCAGCCACUGCCAGUGUGUGGAGACAUCAAAGUCGAGUUCUUUCACAAGCAGAACAAAAUGAUGAAGAAGGACAAGAUGUUUCAUUUCUGGGUGAACACCUACUUCAUCCCCGGACCAUCCCUGGAGGACAUCGGGGAGAAGGUGGAGAACGGGUCUGUGGUGAACGACGUGGACCCCCUGACCACUCCGCCUCAGCCCCCGCCGCCGCCACCGCCGCCUUCCUCCCAGGGCCAGGGGCCGCACCCCCGAGCACCCCCUGAGCGCAUGGACAGCGACAGGGACUACCUCAUUCUGGCCCUCACAAAGAACGACCUGGACAAGGCCAACAAAGAUAAAGCCAACCGCUACUUUUCCCCCAACUUCAAGGUGAAGCUUUAUUUUACAAAAACCGUGGAAGAGCCUUCGAAUUCCGAGGCAAGCACUUCGACAUCCGUCACUCCGGACGUUAGCGACAAUGAGCCGGAUCAUUAUCGAUAUUCCGACACCACUGACUCUGAUCCGGAAAACGAACCUUUUGACGAGGAGCAGCAUACACAGAUCACGAAAGUGUGAAACCUUUUAACAGCAAAGGAAAAGAUACACCAGAGGAAAAACAAGGAGAAAACUUGAAUAUGAACAUGAACUCAAAAGAAGAACCUUUUGUCCUUUCCCUCCUCCCCAACGGCAAUAGAGUAUCAUCAUGUCGAAUGCCAAUUUUAGGAGAAAAAAAAAUUAUAUCC